AUGACGUAUAAAACAUAUCAAAGGAUUAGAGCACGUGGCUACGAACCACGGUGUCGGGGGUUCGAAUUCCUCCUCGCCCACAACCAGCCAAAAAAGGGAAGGAUUUUUCCCUCUAGGGGUAUGAAAAUCAUGAUCGGGCUAGUGGACCCAAAGCUAUGGAACUU